AUGGCGGAACCUCUCACACAAACCCUAAUCCCAAAAUUCGCCGUUAUCCUCACAACUCUUCUUCACUGCUCCAUCAAAACGACGUCGCAGCAGGAGUGUCCGUACCCCUGCUACCCGCCGCCGACCGGUCCGGGGAACAACCCGCCCGCCGCCACCACGCCGCCGGCUUUCACCACUCCGCCGGCUCCUUUCUCGCCGCCGGUUUCCUCCACCACUCCCCCCGCCGCCGGCGGAUUUUCGCCAUUCUCCCCAUCACCGCCGUAUUUUGGCGGGGGCUCGACGCCGCCGCCGCCGGAUCCGAUAGUCCCGUGGUUCCCGUACUACUACCGGAAACCGCCGCACGGAGACCAGUCCUCGUCGCCGACGGCGGCGGAUCACGGAGGACCGGCGGCCGCCGCCGCCGUGAUUCUGAGUUUGUUCUUCGUUUUAUUUUUCCGUUGA